CAUGUUUCCCAGGCCCAAUCAAGAUUCAGGAAAACGCUGUCGCAGACAUAUUUCCUAAUUCCCACUCUUUCUUGUAAACCAAACACCCAUUUCGAAACUGCUAUUGUGGAAGCAGAAAUCAGCUUAGAAUCAGUGAUUGUCUCAAACCAUGAGUUACAGAAGGGAUAUCCGCAAUUCAAGGUCAGUUAUAUUUGAUGAUGGCCUUGAAGAAGGUGGCCUUAGGGCCUCUUCUUCAUAUUCCCAUAAUAUUAAUGACCACGACAAUGACAAAGAUAUUGACAGUUUGCAAGACACAGUAAUUUUGCUGAAGAGAUUAACAGAUGAUAUACAUGAGGAAGUGGAGAGUCAUAAUCAUUUGCUUGAUCGAAUGGGCAACAAAAUGGACAUAUCAAGGGGAAUAUUAUCUGGAACCAUGGAUCGAUUCAAAAUGGUAUUUGAGAAGAAAUCAGGUCGGAGAAUAUGCAUACUUGCUAGUGUUUUCAUUGUUUCUUUUUUAAUUAUAUAUUACCUUAUUAGGUAUAUGAUCCCCUUAUGGUUCUGAUUUCUGAAUACAAGUAAUUUGCUCCAUUUAUUUUAUAAAAUUAAAUAUUUGAAAGCAGUGAUUGAGUUUCAAUAUUGUGAUUUGUUUCAAGUGAGCUGCAAGUUGACCACAUUGUAGCGAACCAGUAGUAGAGAAGAGGAACGAGAAUUGCUCAGGUGAUGCAUGCCUUAAAUGAAUAAAUAUCUGAUUUUGAUAUUAUUCUGUAGGAUCCUAAGAUACGUGCAAGUUUAAAGUAGACUUGUGGGAAUCUUUUCCCUUGAAUCUUCAAUUAAGUUGGUGGAAGUUGUGCCAUACACAGCUUGCAAUCAACUAAUCAAGGGAGCUACAGAUGACUUGAUCCUGGUGUUGAGAAUAGGAGGAGAAAGGUUGCUCCCUAGCAUAUGUGCUGUGAGAUGGCAUCUGAGUGAAGGAUGCUUGCAUGUGCAUAUUCUAACGCGUAAGCAUGGUUGGAUGAUAACAUGAUGUAAAACAAUCAUAGACUUGCUGAAAGUACCAUGUAAAGGCGCUCAGUGGCCUAUGCAUUGUUUUGGUAUUUUUAGUAUGUAAUCAAAUCAUAGAUUAAAAAUCAUUUUUGCGACAGAA